AAGCUUCUCGCAUCCCAUUGGUCCGUGAGUGCUUGUGUCCCGCCCCUCCACCGGUCGCUCCUUCUUCUCGUGCUCCUGGAACCUUCCACACCGCGCGCCCUGUCAAGAUGUACGGCCAGCAGGUUUUAGUGCUCAAUCAGAACAUCAAGAGGGAGUCUGGCAGGAAGGUGCAGACCGGCAACAUCAAUGCUGCUAAGACCAUAGCCGAUGUCAUCCGGACCUGUCUGGGCCCGCGGGCCAUGAUGAAGAUGCUGCUGGACCCCAUGGGAGGCAUCGUCAUGACCAACGACGGCAACGCCAUCCUGAGAGAGAUCCAGGUGCAGCAUCCCGCGGCCAAGUCCAUGAUCGAGAUCAGCCGCACCCAGGACGAAGAGGUGGGGGACGGGACCACAUCGGUCAUCAUCCUGGCUGGGGAGAUGCUGUCGGUGGCUGAGCAGUUCCUGGAGCAGCAGAUGCAUCCCACAGUGAUCAUCGGAGCCUACCGCCACGCCCUGGAAGACAUGCUGGAGGCCCUCCGAGAGAUCAGUGUCCCCGUAGACCUCACGGACCGCUCCGUCAUGCUGAAGAUCAUCAACUCGGCCAUCAACACCAAGGCCCUGAGCCGCUGGUCCGACAUGGCCUGCAACAUCGCCCUGGACGCCGUCAAGAUCGUGGAGCUAGAGGAGAACGGCCGCAAGGAGAUCGACAUCAAGAAGUACGCCAAAGUGGAGAAGGUUCCAGGGGGGAUCAUCGAUGACUCCUGUGUGCUGAGAGGCGUGAUGGUCAACAAAGACGUCACUCACCCCAGGAUGAAGCGUCUCAUCAAGAACCCCAGGAUCAUCCUCCUGGACUGUUCUCUGGAGUACAAGAAGGGGGAGAGCCAGACUGACAUCGAGAUCAGCCGCGAGGAAGACUUCUCCCGGAUCCUGCAGAUGGAGGAAGAGUACAUCCAGCAGAUCUGUGGAGACAUCGUCAGGAUGAAACCCGACCUGGUUUUCACCGAGAAGGGCGUCUCCGACCUGGCGCAGCACUACCUGGUGAAGGCCAACAUCACGGCCAUCCGCCGGGUCCGGAAGACGGACAACAACCGCAUCGCCAGGGCGUGCGGGGCGCGCAUCGCCAGCCGGACAGACGAGCUCCGCGAGGAGGACGUCGGGACGGGAGCCGGUCUCUUCGAGGUCAAGAAGAUCGGAGACGAGUAUUUCACCUUCGUCACCGAAUGCAAAGACCCCAAGGCCUGCACCAUCCUGCUGAGAGGGGCGAGCAAGGAGAUCCUCGCGGAGGUGGAGAGGAACCUGCAGGACGCCAUGCAGGUGUGCCGCAACGUGCUGCUGGACCCCUUCCUGCUGCCGGGGGGCGGCGCCGUGGAGAUGGCGGUGUCCAAGCGCCUGACGGAGCGCUCCCGGGCGCUGACGGGCGUGGAGCAGUGGCCGUACCGCGCCGUGGCCACCGCCCUGGAGGUCCUCCCCAGGACCCUCAUCCAGAACUGUGGCGCCUCCACCAUCCGGGUCCUGACCUCCCUCCGGGCUAAACACACGGAGGAGAACAGCACCUCCUGGGGCGUGAACGGAGAGACCGGGACGCUGGCCGACAUGUCUGCUCUGGGCAUCGUGGAGCCGCUGGCCGUCAAGGCCCAGACCUACAAGACUGCUGUGGAGACUGCCAUCCUGUUGCUGCGUAUCGAUGACAUCGUCUCUGGCCACAAGAAGAAGGGUGACGAUCAGAGUGGAGGACCAGGAGCUGAGUAGACCAGGAGCUGAGUAGACCAGGAGCUGAGUAGACCAGGAGCUGAGUAGUCCAGGAGUUGAGGAGGACCGUUCUGUCCAGCCGUUACUGAUGAAACUCCUCUUUAACCCCGUUGUUAAUGUUGUCCAUUAAAGAUGUUGAAACUAA